AAAUGAACAAAAGCAAAAUGAUUUAAGGACCCUAGAGAUGGAUACACAUGAACAAAAGGAACAUGACUUAAGAUCUGCUUUAAAAGAGAAGGAAACUGAAGCCUUGCAGCAAAGGACCCAAGAGAUGGACACAGAUGAACAAAAGCAACAUGAUUUAAGGACCCUAGAGAUGGAUACACAUGAACAAAAGGAACAUGACUUAAGAUCUGCUUUAAAAGAGAAGGAAACUGAAGCCUUGCAGCAAAGGACCCAAGAGAUGGACACAGAUGAACAAAAGCAACAUGAUUUAAGACCUGCUCUAAAAGAAACAGAAACUGAGGCUGAAGCUGAAGCCUUGCAGCAAAGGACCCUAGAGAUGGAUACAGAUGAACAAAAGGAACAUGACUUAAGAUCUGCUUUAAAGGAGAAGGAAACUGAAGCCUUGCAACAAAGGACCCAAGAGAUGGACACACAUGAACAAAAGCAACAUGAUUUAAGACCUGCUCUAAAAGAAACGGAAACUGAAGCUGAAGCUGAAGCCUUGCAGCAAAGGACCCCAGAGAUGGAUACAGAUGAACAAAAGGAACAUGACUUAAGAUCUGCUUUAAAGGAGAAGGAAACUGAAGCCUUGCAACAAAGGACUCAAGAGAUGGACACACAUGAACAAAAGCAACAUGAUUUAAGACCUGCUCUAAAAGAAACGGAAUCUGAAGCUGAAGCUGAAUCCUUGCAGCAAAGGACCCUAGAGAUGGAUACACAUGAACAAAAGGAACAUGACUUAAGACCUGCUUUAAAAGGGAAGGAAACUGAAGCCUUGCAGCAAAGGUGA